AUGGCUUCUGCUUCUUACACUGAAGAUUUGAGUUGUCCUAUCUGUCUGACUAUCUUCGCUGACCCAGUAAUCCUUCCCUGUGGUCACUCAUUCUGCAGAGAAUGCAUUACUGUCUCUCUGAAGUCACAGCACCAGUGUCCACAGUGUCGGGCAACUGUUCCAACCGAAGAGAACAAUCUUCUAACCAACCACAUUUUGAAAAGUCUUGCUGAAAAAGUGAAAGAAAAUGAGAAGCUGAAGAAUGAAUACAGACAUGAUAAAGAGGUGGCUGAAUGGUUGUGCCCUGAACAUGAUGAAAAGCUGAAACUGUUCUGCAUCACAGAUCAGCAGUUAACUUGUGUCAUAUGCCGCGAUGGGGAGAAGCAUGAAGGGCACAGGUUUAAACCAAUCAAAGAAGCGGCUGCAGCUGUUACGCAAGAGCUGACUACAUUUCUGCAACAGGUUUUGUCAGAUACACCUACCAUAGAGAGUACAGCCAAAACACAGAGGGAAGAAAUAACAAAAACCAAAGAGAAGUCACAUCAGCUGAUGACCCAAAUCAGUUCCAAGUUUGAGGAGAUGCACCAGUUCUUAAGAAAGAGAGAAGAAGAGAUAAAGAAUGAACUGAAACACAAAGAGGAAGAUGAUGUUGAGAAAAUGAGCGAGAGCUUAAAUGCUAUAGAAACAGCUUUGUCUGAGAACAGAGAGUUGGAGGGAAAAGUGUCAUCAGUUCUGGAAAUUACAGACCCUGAGAAGUUCUUAAAGAGCUGGACUGAGGAUAAAACCGUGGUGACUGCCAAGAGCUCAUUUAGACCCAGAGGAAAUACUCUCAAAGUGGUGAAUACCUCUCUUUAUCUGGGGCCUUAUGAAAGUCACCUACAGUUCUUCAUGUGGAAGGAGAUGCUUCAGCUGAUCAAACCAAGAGAAGAACGGCUGACAGUCCAAAGCAACAGUGCAAAUGUAACUGUUGUCAGUCAGUUGUCCUCUGGACAGCACUACUGGGAAGUUGAGGUUGGACAAAGGGAGUACUGGGAAGUAGGGGGACAAAACUCUUUCCUCAAGUUUGAUGGCCAGAACUAUUAUGACUCCCAUCAAAACAAAGUCUUGGCAUUUGCAGGCAGACCACAAAAAAUCGGGAUUUACCUCAACUGUGAGUCAAAGGAGCUGUCUUUCUACGAUGCAGACGGCAUGACACAUAUUCACACUAUGCUCCCUGGUUCCAUGCCAGUGUCAGCAUAUUUUAAGAUGGCAAUAAAUCGUAACCCUCGGAUAGUGUGUUGGUACUGAUGUGUGAGAUGAUUGGCCUAUAAGAAAUCUAUGGUCUCUGGAGAAAACAACAAAGCGCCUA